AUGUCGGCAAGACUGUUCACACGAACGCGAACAUUCAUGCCGCGCCAUGCCCUUGGCGCCGGUAUCGUCGGGCUGUCCCUCGGAACAAGCAUGGCAACGUUCAGGCAACCGAGACUGAGAUUGGAUGCGAGGGAGACACCGCGGCCGAUGAGUAGCCGUCCUCCUACGAAGGAGCGAUUAGAUCCCGACCUGCUGAAGCAGGUUUCCAGUGGGUGCAUUGCAGGGUUUAUUUCGGGAAUUCUUAUCAGUGUUUUUUCGCGGACGUUGGUGUUACUUAUUGGUCUUUCCGCGGUAGUCGUCCAGGUGCGCCAUAACAAGAUCCAUAACAAGAUCUAUCAUGAAAUUCUCACUAAUAUCGUCCAGGUGGCUUCAAGAUAUGGUCUUGAUCUGGUAGAACAACUAAAGUUAAAGCAACGGUUGGGCAAUUCACGUAUAUUAAAUGCCUUGGAGAAGAACCCGGCUUUUAAUUUAUCUUUCGGACUAUUCUUCGCCAUGUCUGCUUUCAUGAAGUUCUAG